GGGAAAGUUUACUUGCAGGAGUUGUGGUUUAGUGCUGCUUCUGCUCGAAACUUUUGUCUCUUUUUACUUUUUUUUUAGAAUUUGGAUGCUGCGUUUUUCUACUCGGAUCAGAGGCAUGCAAGUCACUGGGCUUGGAAUAAGGAGGGUUUAUUGUUAGAUUUGGAGUUCUCUCCUUUUUUUCUACUAAUCUGAUUGUUGGAAUAAAGGAUUCCUGGGUUACAGCGAUGUGGAUUUGUGUCUGGUCGGAUUUUAUGGUUGCUUUCCGGCGAGGAAUGCUGUUCCUUCUGCUUGCAGUGUCCCUACUAGGGACUGGAGGUUCGGUCCUUGGAGUGGGUCGGGAUCGCGGAUCUUGUCCAUCUCCGUGCCGGUGUCUGGGGGAUCUGUUAGACUGCAGCCGCAAGAAGCUGACCCGAGUCCCGGACAAUCUCCCAGGAUGGGUAGUACAGCUGGACUUGAGCCAUAACAGACUAUCUUCAAUCAAAGCAAGUUCCAUGAAUCAUCUGCAUAAUCUUCGAGAACUGAGGUUAAAUAAUAAUGAACUGCAAACCAUACCAGAUCUGGGCCCACUUUCUGCAAAUAUAACACUCUUCUCAUUGACCAACAACAAAAUUGAUGUAAUUUUGCCAGAACAUCUGACCCCUUAUCAGUCCUUAGAAACACUGGAUCUAAGUAAUAAUUUUAUAACUGAACUUAAAACAGCAUCGUUUCCUGCACUGCAGCUCAAAUAUCUGUAUAUCAACAGCAAUCGAAUAACAUCAGUGGAAUCUGGUGCAUUUGACCAUUUAUCUCCUACAUUGCAAGUGCUAAAACUUAACCGCAACCGUAUUGCCAGUAUUCCUCCGAAGAUGUUCAAACUUAAUAACCUUCAACACCUAGAGUUAAACCGUAACAGAAUAAGGAAAAUUGAUGGACUUACUUUUCAAGGCCUUGAUACACUGAAAUCUCUGAAAAUCCAGCGUAAUGGAAUAACUAAACUCAUGGAUGGAGCUUUUUGGGGCCUAAGUAACAUGGAAAUCUUGCAGCUGGACUAUAACAACCUCACAGAGAUUACUAAAGGCUGGCUGUAUGGCUUGCUUAUGUUGCAGCAACUCCAUCUCAGCCAGAACGCCAUCAGCAAGAUCAGCCCUGAUGCCUGGGAGUUUUGCCAAAAGCUCAGUGAGCUAGAUUUAACCUUCAAUCAACUAACAAGAUUAGAUGAGUCAGGCUUUGUGGGAUUAAGUUUACUUGGCGGACUGUUUAUAGGAAAUAAUCAAGUUAGUUAUAUCGCUGAUGGGGCUUUUCGUGGACUAUCAAGUUUGAACACAUUGGACCUUCAAAACAAUGAGAUAUCAUGGACAAUUGAAGAUAUGAAUGGAGCUUUUUCUGGACUUGAAAGACUUAAAAGACUGGUGCUUCAAGGUAACCAAAUAAGAUCAAUCUCAAAAAAAGCAUUUUCUUGGUUGGAUUCACUUGAAUACCUAGACCUAAGCAGUAAUGGAAUAAUGUCAAUGCAAGGAAAUGCAUUCUCCCAAAUGAAAAAGCUUCAGCAGUUGCACUUGAACACUUCCAGCCUUCUGUGCGAUUGUCAGAUGAAAUGGCUGCCCCAGUGGUUAGCGGAAAACAACUUCCAGACCUUUGUAAAUGCAAGUUGCUCCCAUCCCCAAGUUCUUAAAGGCAGAAGCAUUUUUGCUGUUAAUCCUGAUGAAUUUGUGUGUGAUGAUUUUCCAAAACCUCAAAUCACUGUUCAGCCAGAAACACAAUCUGCAAUAAAGGGUUCUAAUGUGAGUUUUAUUUGCUCUGCCGCCAGUAGUAGUGACUCUCCAAUGACUUUUGCAUGGAAAAAGGACAAUGAAAUUUUGCAUGAUGAUGAAAUUGAGAAUUAUGCUCAUCUAAGGGCGCAAGGUGGAGAUGUAAUGGAAUACACUACUAUUCUGAGACUUCGCAAUGUGGAGUUUAUCAAUGAAGGGAAAUAUCAGUGCGUCAUUUCUAAUCACUUUGGUUCUUCAUACUCUGUAAAAGCCAAGCUUACUGUGAAUAUGUUGCCUUCGUUUACAAAAAUCCCAAUGGAUCUCACCAUCCGUGCUGGAGCAAUGGCUCGGUUAGAGUGUGCUGCAGUUGGUCAUCCCACGCCGCAGAUAGCCUGGCAAAAAAAUGGUGGUACAGACUUUCCUGCUGCCCGUGAGCGGCGGAUGCAUGUUAUGCCAGAAGAUGAUGUGUUUUUUAUUGUGGAUGUGAAAAUUGAAGAUAUUGGAGUUUACAGCUGUACUGCUCAGAACAGUGCUGGAAGCAUCUCUGCCAAUGCCACACUCACAGUGCUAGAAACUCCAUUAUUCCUGCGUCCAUUAGUAGACAGAACUGUAUCAAAGGGAGAGACCACAGUGCUGCAGUGCAUUGCUGGUGGCAGUCCUGUACCAAAACUAAACUGGACCAAAGAUGACAAUCCCUUAGUCAUAACAGAGAAACACUUUUUUGCGGCUGGAAAUCAACUUCUCAUUAUUGUGGACACAGAUUUUGAAGAUGCUGGAAAGUAUACUUGUGAAAUGUCCAAUAUACUAGGAACAGAAAGAGGCAACAUCCAGCUUAAUGUCAUUCCUAAUCCGACCUGUGAUUCUCCAGCAAAUGCCGCCCCAUCAUUGGAAGAUGAUGGAUGGGCUACAGUUGGCGUUGUGAUCAUAGCAGUGGUUUGCUGUGUGGUAGGAACCUCCCUUGUGUGGGUGGUCAUCAUAUACCACACAAGGAGAAGAAAUGAAGAUUGCAGUGUUACAAACACAGAUGAGACAAAUCUGCCAGUAGAUACACCAAGCUACUUAUCUUCCCAAGGGACGCUGGCUGAUAGACAGGACGGUUACGGCUCAUCUGAAAAUGGAAGCCAUCAUUUUAUAACCUCAUCAAUGAGUGGAUAUUUUAUACAGCAAAGAGACAGCAAUGGAAUUUGCCAAAUAGAUAAUGGGAGUGAAACAGACCUGGAAGGUGCAACGGAUCCGCUUCUCUUUCACUAUAUGGGACAACCUGGCCCUUUAUAUUUAAAAGGAAAUGUGUACAAUCCCGAAGCAUGCAAUACCUAUCAUACAGGGUAUUGUGCUGAUCAAACAUCUGCAAACAUGGAUGCUUAUGAGUCAGAUUAUUUGAAGCAGAGAGACUUUGGUUCCUAUACACAGCAAUGUGAGGAUGCAUUUGGCGGUAGUAUGGACUGUCCUGGUGUACAGUCUUUGUCGAAACAGAUUGCUACCCCACUUUGCCAUCAGUCUGAAGAUAAUGGGUUAAAAAUGAAUUCAGAAGUGGACAUAGUAGGAGUAAAAAACAAACCAGAGCAAGCUACUAUAGCUACAUAUAGCACUUUCAUGGGAACGUUUGGAAAACCUUUAUGGAAACCGCCGAUUGACUCAUUUCCUGGAUACGUUCAAUCAACCAUUUGCCAUAUCCCAGGCCACAUUGUUCCUCAUUCGUCAUUGAAUAUACAGUUAGAGACUGAUAUAGAAAAGCAAGAAAGGACAGUUUUUCCAGAAGAAAAUGGAAUUUUAUGCCAGAAGCAACCAUUUGAAAAUUAUAGAACUUCAACAUUUCAGUGCUAUGAGCUGGAUUCAUAGCGACUGAUCAGAGAUUAUUUCAUGCCAAGACUUUAAUAAAAAAAACUACCUCAUCUGUGAACAUUGAAGGAAAUACCCAAUCUAUUGAAAUGACCAGCACAAUGGCCCGAGUUUCCCAACAGAGAAAAAUUUUCAUAAAAAAUAUGAAAUGUCUAAUUAUCCUAAAUAUUUGUUUUAUACAAAUUAAUGUCUUAAUUUUUGUAACUUAAAAAAAUGUAAAUAUUCAUAUAAAUAUUUUUGUAUUUUUUAUGUCAGAUUUUUUUUUAUGGAAAUGAGUACUAAAGUAUUAUUAUUAUUAUUUUUAUUAUUAUUAUUAAAUGGGAUUGCUUUGUUCCCUUCAUCAUGCAGUUGCAGAACAAAAAGAGGGUGCCGUUAUUUGUUACAUACCAUUUAAAUAUGGCUAAUUUUUAAGAAAUCGGACCAAAUGGACUAUUGCUAGUGUUAUUUUCUAUGCUAUGUUAUGCACUGAUACAAAGCAAAUGCUGCAAUAUGAGCUGCUUUCCCAUUUUAAUAAAAAUGAUGGCAUAAAUGUGGAA